GUGAUUUGUACAGCAAACAGUACUGUAAAAAAAAAAAAAACGGUUGUUCAGCAGCACUUCCUGAGUUCAGGGAAGGGGCUUGGUCGCGUACGCGCGCGCCUCGCGAGCGAGCAUCAAAUUAGCAUCGAUGAAGUUUGUGCGAACAUGGCGGAUUUCCUGCCGACCAGGUCUGUGUUAAAAGUUUGCCUACCCGUCUGCUUACUCAACAGCGGCGAGGUAGAACAAAUACGAAAGUCCAAGGAGAUCGACAAAACCAUUUCCCGGGAGAAAACGUACGUCAAGCGGUUGGUAAAGAUCCUGCUGCUCGGCGCUGGCGAGAGCGGCAAGUCGACUUUCCUCAAACAAAUGCGAAUCAUCCACGGCCAGGACUUCGACCAGCAAGCGCGACAGGAGUUCAAACCAACGAUUUACAGCAAUGUUAUCAAAGGCAUUCGUGUGCUGGUGGACGCCCGGGAGAAGCUGCACAUCCCGUGGGGCGACCCAGACAACAAGGAGCACGGGGACAACCUGAUGGCGUUCGACACCAGGUCGGCGAGGAUGGCCAACGGGCAGCUGGAAACGUCCAUCUUCCUUCAGUACCUGCCCUCCAUCAGGGCCCUGUGGGCCGACACCGGCAUACAAAACGCCUACGACCGCCGCAGAGAGUUUCAGCUGGGGGAGGCGGUGAAGUAUUUCUUGGAUAAUCUGGAUAAGCUGAGCGAGCCGGAUUACCUUCCCAGUCAGCAGGACAUCCUGCUGGCCCGUAAACCCACCAAGGGCAUUCACGAGUACGACUUUGAGAUCAAGAACGUUCCCUUCAAGAUGGUGGACGUCGGCGGGCAGCGGUCCGAGCGCAGGCGCUGGUUCGAGUGUUUCGACUCGGUCACCUCCAUCCUCUUCCUCGUAUCUUCCUCUGAAUACGAUCAGGUCCUGAUGGAGGACAGGCAGACCAACCGGCUUUGUGAAUCCCUGAACAUCUUUGAGACCAUCGUCAACAACCGCGUCUUCGCCAACGUCUCCAUCAUCCUCUUCCUCAACAAGACAGACCUGCUAGAAGAGAAGGUGAAAACCGUUAAGCUCAAGGACUAUUUUCCCGACUACACCGGGCCGGAGCACAGCCUGCCAGACGUCCAGGGCUUCAUGGUGGACUGUUUCCGCGCCAAGCGGCGCGACGCCUCCCAGAAGCUCUUGUACCACCACUUCACCACGGCCAUCAACACUGAGAACAUCCGGCUGGUGUUCCGGGACGUCAAAGACACCAUCCUCCACGACAACCUGAAGCAGCUCAUGCUCCAAUGACCCCUAGAAACCUGAGAAAGCAGAGGACUCGGCUAGAGACCAAACCUGUGACCAUCUGCAAUCCUCUUCCGGCUGUUGUAUUUUGGUUUCUCCUCUUUGAAGAGUUGGCCCUUUUGUUAGUUCAGGAUCUAAUUGGAGAACUAGUGGUGUAGGCAGAGAGAAGGCUGCUAUGGAUUUUGGAUAACAUUCUGUCCCUGCUGCUUCCGUCAUCUGUCCCGAGUUCUGCACAUUACAUUGUCGGAGCUUUUCAACUGACGAGGUGCCGACGCCAGCGGAAGACUGCUAAACUUUCUACAAAGCCGGUGAAAAGUCAAGACGUGCAACUUUUGUGAGGGGAAAGAAAGGGCUAUGUGUGAAUAACAUAUAAGGAAGGUUUAAGUGACUGCUCCAGAGUCGACUGGCCAGUUUGUGUUCCACUCCACCGUUUAAUCUCCAGCAUUUUCAUUAAUGUGGUUUUUAAACUUUGAAUCUAGAAGUUUUCUUUUUUUUAAGCCAGUUAAUCACUUAAAAAUGGCACAUUUUGUUGUUUUCCCACUUGUCGCAACAUUUUUUUUUAAAGAAUAAACAAUUAUGUUGUCAGCAUGGAGCCAAAUUUUACCCAGCAUACAUCUGGCUCCAGCACCGCAUCGCAAAAGACUUGUAAAAGAGGGCACAACCACACGACUGAACGCUUCUGUGUAAUUACCUGAUCACUGUUUAAAAUGCAACUUCAGAAGUAACAUUUAUUUCUUUUUAAAGACUGGUAAACGGUUUAAGUUCCCUUAAAUUUGUCCUUAUUUCUGGUGGUUUUGAGGGUAACGAUUACCUUCAUUGACAUUUUAGGUUGUAAAAAUAGUCAUUGGCAUUUCUCAGGGUAGAAUUAAACCAACAAUAAUACUGAUAGAAUUUUAUUUUUGAUUUGGGUGGCGUGAUUCAGUCUGACGUUCACUCCGACAGCCGUUUGGCAUCUAAUGCUCCAUCCUCCUCCAAGCUACAAAUUCCCUCUCGUCUUAAUCCCAACUCGAUGUCUUAUUAGGGAUAGACCCCUCCUCUCCUCAAUCACAUUCCCGAUCGAGGACAUUAACGGACACCGUCUGUUAAUAAUUGCACAUCAAAAUUAGCUUGAUUGUUUGAAUACUGUAGUCCUCUUUUGGUCAUUUCUAACCCAACAUGUGAGAGUAUCUGUCAGCACUGAACUGUGACUCAAAGCAUCUUUGAAUCACCAUUAAACAUUUCCUCUGUUUUUACGUGUAAUGUGCUAUUGUGGAUUUCCCUCUCAAUGUUUUGUGAAUUUAGAAAAGAAAUGUGAUGAAUAAUAAUAAAAAAAAGAAAAAA